UACAUUCCAUAAAUUCCAAAAAUUCCCGGAAACUUCUCAAUUUUGUUACGCUAACACUAGCGAGGAUCGAAAUCGGAAAACAACCACCCACCCACCAACUCCACCGUUAUACCACCAAUCAACCGCCUCUACAAUGGAGGCGCAGAAGGCAAACCGGUUGAAACGUUUAUUUGGAGAAGAAGAAGAAGAUGAAGACGAACAACAAGAAGAAGAGAACUAUUCAAACCACCACGAAGAAGAAGAACAAAGGCAACGGCAAGAGAGUAAUCAAUCAUCACCAUCAUCAGCAUCACAAUCAUCAUCAUCUACUUCUUCAGGCGCUGCCGGCGCCGCCGCAUCGUCAUCAUCUUCAUCGGGUUCUUCUUCGCGUUCUUCAUCGUCUAAUAGGAGUAGAAGUAGUAGUGGUGGUAGUGGAAGUGGAAGUGAAAGAGAAGCAGAUGAGGAUGAUACGGGCGAAGUGAUUUCUCAUAGUAAUAAUGAUUAUAAUAAUAUUAAUAGUAGUGGGUAUUAUCAGAAUGAAGAGGAUGAUGAUGAUUAUAAGGACCUUUUUGGGUCUGAUAAUGAAGAUUAUGUUAAAACUCUUUCCAAGAGCCGUUUCCCAGUUCCUGUUUUACCCCCUAUACGUAACACUAACCACCAAACAAGGGGAGGAUUUGGCCGGGGUCGCUGGCAAAAUGAUAGAGGAGCUGGCAUCCUUCCGCGACCAGGACCUUAUCCUCCAAGGCAGAACUAUGGUUAUGGUUCCAAGUUUUUCAAUGGCCAUCGUGAUGAACGCUUUGUGUCUGAAUUGAAGUUUGCAAAGAGCGAAGAAACAUUGGCAAGAAAAUGUAUAGCUUUUCAAGAGCCAUGUGAACUCGCGUGCUUCAGUCGAGUUGAAGGUGGAGAUGUCUACUUUGAUGACCGCAGCUUGAGGCUAUUCAAGCGUCUUAUUACUGAAGAUGUUGGGGCAGACCUGAAUCAAGGUUUUGAUACUUUUACUGAGAAGAAAGAUUUGGGUUCUCAAGGUUUUGGCGACUUAUUGGCCAGUAUCAGGAAUAAAAAUAUACCACUUGAUAGAAUGCAUUUCGUGACUUAUCGCAACAACCUCAAUAAGAUAAUGGCUACUGCUUAUCUCAGGAAUGAACCUUGGGAAAUGGGAGUGCACAAAAGAAAGGGGGUUGUGUAUCUUGACGUACAUAAACUGCCAGAACGGCCACAGAGUGUGCUGGACCGGAGAAGGUGUUACUGGGGAUAUUGUUUCGAGAGCCUUGCAACAGAAGAUCCUAGGCGAUCCGAUGGAGAAGGGAUACAUCACGUUGAUGCCAAUGUUGAAUAUUGUGCUGUAGUUAAGACAAAAUUAGGAGCCCAUCGUGUUUUAAUGGGGGCUGAAAUGGACUGCUGUGAUUCAACUGAUGAUGGGAGGAGGUUUUAUGUAGAAUUGAAGACUAGUCGCGAGCUGGAAUAUCAUACUGAGGAAAAAUACGAGAGGGAGAAAUUGCUCAAGUUUUGGAUCCAGUCAUUUCUUGCUGGUGUACCUUAUAUUGUUGUUGGUUUUAGGGAUGAUACUGGUCGUCUUGUCCGAACAGAAAGAUUGAGAACUAAAGAUAUUACACACCGAGUAAAAAUGAAAAAUUACUGGCAGGGUGGAGUGUGCUUAGCAUUUGCAGAUGAAGUCUUGUGCUGGCUCUACGGGACAGUGAAAGAAAAUGAAGACUACGUAUUGCAGUUUACGCCACAUUCUGCACGUCUGGAGCUUCUUCAAGCUCAAUCCUGCCCUGAUGCAAUAACAGACCAUGUUCAACAGUUAUAAAUUAUAAUACCUAUUUUGGAUGAUCAAAUUCUUCAUAAAGAGUUUUCAGGUGGGUAACACCAUAGCAUAACGCUGUUCGAUGAAGAGUAAAUUUUUUUUGAUGCUGCAAGAAACUACACCCCCGUUAUGUUGUUUACAUCGAGUCUUAUGGAAGUUAAGUUGUAAGGGGCAGUGUAAAAGUUAUAACUGAAAUGUUUACAAAAAUUGGAAUUCUCAAUUUUGUUCUUUGAACUGUGUAUUCCUGAAGGAAGUCAUCAUCCUUUCUGGUUGCC